AUGUUUUGUACACGAGAUGAGAAUUGUGAUGGAAUAUUGCAUUCAAAGUGUUCAAAAAAUAGCUUGUGUAUCUGCAGAUCUAACAAUAUUGAAAUAAAUUCUACCAUAUGUGCACCGCUACUGGGUGAAUAUUGUGUAAAUAAUGAAAAGUGUGCACCUGAUAAUUCUAUUUGUAUUCAUAACGAAUGUCGAUGCGAGGCAGAUUAUUCAUCUGUGUCUAAUGAUCAAUGCAAACUAAAGAUACUAGGAAAACCUUGCUCUGACGAUAGCGAAUGCGAAACAGUUAAAUAUGCAAAGUGUUCCGCGUAUUAUAGUGCAUGUAUAUGUACAGGUUACACUAUUGCAUUGAAUUCAACGUUUUGUGCACCACUUUUAGAAGGGUUUUGUGAGAACAACGAUGAAUGUAUACGAAUGAAUGCUACUUGUGUUGAUAAUAAAUGUAAAUGCAAACCUAACUUAGUUCCUGAUUCUAAUACUGGCUGUAGAAAAGCUGAUUCACCGUUGUCGUGCCUACGUGAUACCGAUUGUACUAAAUUUAUUAAUCAUUCCUUGUGUCAUCGGAAUAAGUGUCGGUGCGAUAUGAGAUAUGUCACGCUGAAUGAGACAGUAUGUGCGCCAAUGUACAAUCAUAGUUGUCAGGAACUUGAACCAUGUGCAAUUCGGAAUUCUCUUUGCAUUGAUAACAAGUGUCAGUGUAAGCAUGGUUAUGUAUACCACGAAUUCAAAUGCUAUCCAAGUAAAUUGUUUUUAUAG